AUGUCUACUUCUUGGUCGGAGAUUCCUACGGAUCUCUUAUACUCAAUCCUAUCCAAGCUCUCCAUCCCCGACCUCUUUCGCAGCGCCGCCGUAUGCUCACAUUGGUCCGCCGUAGUCGAUAAGCUCCGCCGCAGCCCCGAUGAUCAACGCCCUCAGAUACCAUGGCUUGUGCCGAAAGGGCAAUUCCUUAUAGACGGAGAUUGUAACUAUCAAAACGACUACAACUUCUUCAGCUUAUCGGAGGGCCGCGUGUAUGAUAUCCCAAGCCCCGCCACUCGCUUCCUAAAGACUGUCGUCGGAUCUUCUCAUGGCUGGCUCAUAACCGUCCGCAAGGUUAGUGUGCAGCUCCUGAACCCUAUCACCCAGGUGCAUAUCAACCUUCCUUCGACCCCCACCGUGGGCGGCCGGAAUUUGGUGGCCAUCAAGGCGGUGCUGUCCUCAGAUCCCUCCGGAGGUGGAGAUUACAGCGUCGUCUUUGUAUUCUACAGCCGUUCUAUGCGGAAAGAGUUUUUGUUCUUUGUUAAUGCAGGAGAUGAGAAGUGGAAGAUGAUAACCGGAGAUGGUUAUCACUAUGACGAUAUAGCCUUCGACAAGGGCAAGCUCUAUGCGGUGACACGGUCUAAAGAACAUGCGGAAGUGAUGGUAGCGGCGUAUGAUCUCAUCACGCUGAAUUCGAAUCCGACAUGGACGCCGGUGGUAGCUCUGUCAGACUUCAUUUGGGCUUUUGAUGUCGUCUCGUACUUUCUUUGCACGUCUUCAGAUGAUCUACUGCUCACACGGAUCAUGACGAAAAAAUCAGAACAUUUAUAUAUUAACAAAUGGGAGGUUUGUAAAGUGAAAAAAGUAGAAUAUUAUAUUAACAUAUUGGAUGUUUUGAAAGUGGAUACAGAGGAAGGCGUUACCAUCAAAAUGAAUAAUUUGGGGAAGUAUACUCUUUUCUUGAGCGCAACUUCUUCUCUGUGCAUUGAUACUUGUUCAUUGCCGGAUUUGAGGUCGAACUACAUUUAUAUCUUGAAUGACUUGUGCGAGAUUGGCUACCGUGAUAACUUGGUUUACAACAUGGAGGACGAAAGCUUCACCUCCUUGAGUUUGCCUCCAUUAUCAUCUCCAAGGCGGCGGCGGUCAUUAUUAUCACCUCCAAAGCUGCAGCGGCCAGUCGUAGUUUGGUUUGCACCCAGUAUUGCAUUGCAUGCUGAUCCAAUGUAA